AUAGUAACCAUGUCUUUUUAAAUAUAUAUUUCUUUUCUGUCAUAAAUAAUUUUGUUCUGAUCUAAUUGUUAAUAUUCUUACUUUAAUUUCAAUCUAUUUAUAUCAGUAUAUCAGAGAGAGAGAGAGAGAGAGAGAGAGAACACACUUGGAUCCAAACUAUGUGGUCUGCCCUUCACCCUAAGCAAACAGGGCGAAGCAACACACACACACACACACACACACACACACACACACACACACGACGCUGAAUCAUACUGGAUCAGCUAAUGGAAGAGAGAGAGAGAGAGAGAGAGAGAGAGAGAGAGAGAGAGAGAGAGAGAGGAUAUUGAGAAAAAACAGAAAGAAAACAAGAAAUGGAAUAAAACACGGAGAAAGAAAAAAAAGAAGAAAAUGAAGAAAAAACAAAAACUACAACAAAAUACCCAAUCCACCACCACCACCACAAUCAUCACCAUCAUCAUGACAACGUUUCCAUGACAACGAGGACGCGGUAGUUGUAUUUACCAUCAACGAAGAGAGAGAGAGAGAGAGAACCAGCCCACCUCUCCUCAGCUCUCUCUCCCACCUCUUAACGCGGCCAGGUGUUCGUCUGUAUGUGUGUGUGUGUGUUCGUGUGUGUGUGUGUGUUCGUACAGGUGUUCUCCCUCACCUGUGCACCUAAUGAGCCUCGACGCGGUGCAGGAGCUGAGGUGUUACUGCCUGCAGGUCAUCACGAGAAACAUCAAUGAGCACAGUCAGCUGAGUGGCAUGACCCCGCGUGACCUGCAGGACGUGUGUGCCGGCCUCAGCGUUGACCUGCCCCUGCACGUCGCCCUCAGCCUGCCCCUCGAUGACCUGUACUGGCGGAGGAGGACGCAGGCUCACUUCCCGCCCCCCCACGUGUCCCUGACGAGUCGUUUGCGAAAGAAAGGAGGGCGAAGAGAAGGAGGAGAGCGAACGAACGCCCUAGGAGGAAGAGGUGGAGGAGGAGCAGGAGGAGGCAUGAAGACAGGCACCUCCUCCUCCCCCUCUCCUGCUGCUGCCACGGUGCCCUCCCGCCCCCUCCCCCCCACCACGGUGGUGGGUGGGCGGGCCGCGGGUGGGAGGCCGUGGCGGCAGGCGUACGUGGAGGGCCACCUGUCCCGCGUGGUCUGCGCCGCCCAGGACACACGGAGCACCUGGCGGCACCUGGCGGCCCUCCUGCAGGUGUGUGGGAGGGACGUGCGGCGCCUACACCUGCCCUGCCUGGCGCCGCCCCCCACGUCCAGAAGCCUGGAGGAGGGGGAGAACGAGCCGGGCAGCCUGAGUCACCUGGAUCUGUCGGAGGUGCUCACAGCCACGCCCAACAUACAGGAGUUGAGCGUUCGGUACCAGAGCACGCAGGAGGGGUCGGGGCUGGUUUGGGGCGGCGUAGGGGCCUCCAUGCAAGACCUCCUGGCCCUCACCACCGCCCUCACCCCCUCCACCACGCCCCACCUCACGCACCUCAGGAUCCACGAGAGUUGCGUUGACGACACGAGAGCCGAGCGAUUCUUGGCAGCCUUCCGCGCUCACCCCAACCUGGCCUGCCUCGACCUGCGCCACAACCUGCUGACCUGCGCCUCCACGCCCCACCUGGCUGACCUGCUGACCUCCUGCCCCGCCCUCACCUGCCUCAACCUGCACCAUAAUAGCAUAGGCAGUGUUGGGGGCGCCACUCUGGGGGCAGCCUUAGCCAGGAGGCCGCCCGUACCCUUGAAAGCCCUUAUGUUGGACUUGAAUCCCCUGGGCUCGAAGGGCGGGGCGGCGUUGCUCAUAGGGGCGGCGAAGGGCGGGGAGGAGGAGGAGGAGGACGAGGAAGAGGAGGGCAAGGAAGAGAAGAAGAAAGAAGAGGAAGGAGAAGGAGGAGGGUCAGAAGAGAGGAAGGAGAGGAAUGGUAGCAAGGACGAGGAAGAGGAGGCAGGAGCUAAGAGGAAGAAGAGGAGGAGGAAGAGGAGAAGGAGAGGUCUUCGGGUGCUGUCUAUGGCGGGUUGCGGGCUGGGUGACGAGUGUUGGGGGCCGCUGACGGAGGCACUGAAAUCGGCCCUCACCUACGUCUGUCUGGCCGCCAACAACUUCACGCAGGAUCCUCCCGAAGAAGUAAUUGAUAUUGUGGAAGGAGGAGGAGGAGGAGGAAGAAGAGGAGGAGGAGGAGGAGGAGGAGGAAACACCACCAACACCCAAAGACCAAAAGAAACCAGAAAAAACACCGAACUCGCAGACGAAGACGAAGACGAAGAACGAGGACACGAGUGCCCGCGCCUGCUUCUCACCAACCUCCAGGGCAGCACGUACCUCCUGGGGCGUGUGAGGGGCGGCAGGACGCUCGCCCCGCCCCUGCACAGCCUCCGGGAAGCGCUGAGGGCCCCGGUCACCCCUGCAGCGGCGCGGGAGGACCUGCAACACUACCCCCCCCUGCAUGGCGUGUGUCUAAGGGAACAAGAUUUCACGCUAGAAGAGGAACUGACGGGGAUGUGUCUGUUCACGAAGGAGGCGAGGCAGGUGCUGAAGGCAUAGUAUUAUAGAUAGAUAGUUAGAUAGAUAGAUAAACAUUGAUGGAUGAAAAUAGAGAUAGAGAGAAAAGACAUAAGAAUAGGAUCGAAAAUGGGAUAAAUAAAUAGAUAGAUAAGAGAUAAUAGGCAGACAGAUAGACAGAUAGUCAUUAAUUCUUCCCAAGAUAUGACAGAAAUAGGUUAUUGUUUUAAGAAGGUACGAAGAAGGCGAGGUAGGUUCUGAUGUUGUAAAUAAAUAGAUAGAUAGAUAGAUAAAUAGACAUAGAUAGAUAGACAGAUAGAUAUGUAGAUAGAUAGAUAGACAGACAGAUAGAUAGACAAAUAGAUCAGUCUGCCAAGCGUGAGAAAAAUGUAAUAAUUAUCCUUCAUCUGCAACGCCGAAUGAACGACAUAGAAAGGAAAAAGAAGAAAUAAUACUCUAAUAAAACGCAUAUCACGGA